AUGACCAACCGAAGCACCGUGACCGAGUUCCUGCUCCUGGGCUUCUCUGAUGUGCGGGAGCUGCAGAUUUUGCACUUUGUGCUAUUUUUGGUGUUUUCCCUGGCAGCCCUCUCAGGGAACCUUCUCAUCAUUUCAGCCAUCGCCCUCGACCACCAUCUGCACACCCCCAUGUACUUCUUUCUGGGGAACCUGUCCCUCCUAGACCUCGGCUCCAUCUCCGUCACUGUCCCCAAAUCCAUGGCCAACUCCCUCCUGGACACCAGGGUGAUUUCCGUCCCUGCCUGUGUCGCACAAGUCUUUCUCUUCUUUGUCUUCGUGUCAACUGAUUUUGCCCUUCUCACCGUCAUGGCCUACGAUCGAUACGUCGCCAUCUGCCAGCCCCUGCACUAUGAGCGAGUGAUGAACAGGAGAGCCUGUGUCCACAUGGCCGCCAGCGCCUGGCUCGCUGCUAUUGUCUACUCUGCCCUGCACACGGGAAACACCUUCCGGUUACCCUUCUGCCAGUCCAACGUCAUCGACCAGUUCUUCUGUGAAAUCCCCCAGCUCCUCAAGUUAGUCUGCUCUGACUCCUACCGCAGUGAAUUUGGGCUUCUUGCCUUUAGUGUGUUUUUAGGUUUUAAUUGCUUUGCUUUUAUCAUUGUGUCGUAUGUUCAGAUCUUCAGAGCGGUGCUGAGAAUCCCUUCGGAGCAGGGCCGGCACAAAGCCUUCUCCACCUGCCUCCUCCACCUCACUGUCUUCUCCUUGUUCCUUUGCACUGGGGCCUUUGCCUACCUGAAACCCACCUCCAGCUCAGCACCAGGGCUGGAUCUAGCGGUGGGUGUUCUCUAUGCUUUGGUGCCUCCCAUGCUGAAUCCGGUCAUCUACAGCCUGAGGAACAAGGAGCUCAAAGCUGCCCUGAAGAAACUGAUGGGGAGGAGGUUAUUCCCCAAGAAUUGA